UCCUGGAACAAAUCCCUGAAGCAACAGGAGAGAUCAAUGCUCAGUGGCCUAAAUUUUGAGAAGUGCUUACAUUUUCUUCUCUUGGUAUUUUUUGUAAAGAACGGUGUAGUUCAGGACUUGGAAAAACUAAAGUUUUGAUCCAUGCUGGAGGAGUGACACUGUUCAAGAAGGAAGCAGGUGGUAAAUGUGUUUGUCUCAGUGUGACUGUGCCAGUCUUCCAGAUAAAGUAAUUUGCCAAGCAAGGGUCAUAAAUUAUGUAAUCCAUGGUGUAAGCUGAAGAGUGAAUUACUUGAAAGGAGGAGAAUUGUGUGAAUGAAUAAUGGGGCUGUGUUAAUGGCUCAUUGUCCCUGUGAUUCCUGAACAGCUUGGGAGAUACUGGAAAGGAAUUGGAAUGCAGCAGUGUUUUAUCUUGUAGUGAAAGUUUGGAGUAUUUUAGUGAAAAGCUGAAAACAUUUUAAAUCCAAAAGUGGGGUCCCACAAAGCCAAUACUUUUAAAAAGGCCAAUCAGUAGGCACUGGAGUGAUUGUGUGUGGUUUUUAUUUUAAAGUGCAGGAUUCCCAGAAGCCAAGCUAUGUGCUGAUGUGAAGCUGCAGUCAAGAAAGGCUGUGAUUGAAGGCAUUCUAGAAGUCAGUGUGUCUUUCUUCCUGCCCCUGAUGUGCUUUUGUUGUGGACCAGAGCCAGAACAAACCCAGUGAAACCCUGGGUUCACUGUGGGCAAACACCCUUGUUCAAGGUGCAGUUACUCCUUUGUCCUUUUGUUUACAGACACAGGAGAUGGAUUUUGCUGCAACAGCUGAAAGAAAUUCCACUGCUGUGACCAGGGAAUAGGUGUAAACUGGGUGUAAAAACAGGUUUCAAGCCUUGGUAACCUUUUCUGGCCUCUAUUUGUAGCAGUCCUGACACCAGUGUUUGGGGAAUCCAUAGCUUGUGCUCAGUUUGUGUCACUCUCAGGACCCCUGCAAUGCUACAGGAGGAUAGACUGGCCUCCACAGCCAUCCUGAACCAGAUCUGGAUUAAGAUUAAAGAUCAUGAGCAGUUCCAUCUUUCACCAUUAAUUUUGGUCAGUCACUUUGGUUUAUUUAUAUGCCUCUCUUUGAAGAAAUUAAAUUAGUCUGGAUGUCCUUAAUAGAAUGAAUAAGUUGGCACUUGAUUGUGCUGAGUUCCAGAAACUCAGACAAUAAGAGGAGGAAAUGGGUGUGCUGUGCAGUACAGAGCUCUCAGCUGUUCAGGUCUGCUGGCUCUGGGUUUAUUUGCUGUUACCCAAGUGGGCACUGAAAACAGAAACUGACUCUCAGCCUCUGCAGCCCUUCCUCAGGCCAGGUCCAAACCCUCUGCAUCCAAUGAUGUAGCAAAGUCAAGUGUUUGGGUUUUAACCUGCCUCAUUAAAUCAUCUCACCCAAGGAAAAACUGCCCAUUGCAUCAAAUCUGAGAGCUCAGGUAAAGGUGUUUGUUCAUCAGCCAACGUGAGGCUCCCACUGAUCAGCUGGAACCAGAAGGGAAUUCCCUGUCAGCAGGAGAAUGGAGCAUCUGCAGGAACUGCUUCUUCACACUUCUGCCUUACAUCUGAAGAAGGAUCAUGCAAAUUCUUUCACUGAGGUAAAUUUUAAUGUCUUUAUUGUGGUCUGUUUUAAAGCAAUCUUCUGGCAGGACUGAGAAUCUCUUAUCUACUGCUGCAAUAUUAACUGCUGUUGGGCUUUAGCCAAAGCAGUAUUCUUUCAAGAAUUUGCUAGGCAUUGAUUUUUAGAGAUCAUUAUUUAUCCUUUGAAAAGCAAAGGUUAAAGUUUACCUUUUGCUGUUAAUGUAACUGUGCUUGGCAUGUUUACAUAAGCAGCCAGCUCCUGUCAAAUUAGGAAAUCCACGUUGGGAUUUUAUCAGUUAUGGAUUAGUUUUGAAAGCCCUGUGCUAAGAACAAUGCUUGUGCUAACUUCAGCUUCAGUGCAGUCAAACUCCACAAACUUUGGGUGUAACCUGGGUAGUGUUUGGGGUGACCACAGAGUCAGGAUCUUGUGCAGUGAAUGUUGAGAAUUUUAAGGACUCUUUAGAUAAUAACGAAGAAAGAUGACAGGGGGUGUGCUAAGGUGUGAGUUUCUGUCAUCACUCAUCCUUGCCACAUGGGUAUUUUCGAUUAUUUUUCUACGAAAAAUGAAUUGACAAAACGUUGUGGUAGAUGCAUCCAAUUACAGAAUUCCCUCCUUCCCAUCACAUCCAUCCUCGAUGGCUUCAGGACCGUGCCUUUGUCUUUUAAAACAGUGUCUGUUCCAGAAAAUUGUCUGCAAAUGGAGUCCAAGUUUGUUAUCUGUAAAAGGUAACAUCAGCCUAAGAGGAGAAGAGAGAGGCUCCUGACAGAUACCAUAGUGUGUUGAAAUUCAUGUCAUUAAAUGAAUACCUCACAUCUGAUUACAAAAAUUUAGAAACAGCAAGAUUAAUGAGAUAUUUUUAUAGAACUACUUUGUUUCAUAGAGGAAAAUAUGCUGGGUAUGUUAUCAGGAAGUUGUAUCAGUUUUAAGUUAAUUAGUAAUUCUUUAUAGAGAAGGAUGCUGUAAAACAAGCUCAAAAUCCACAAUCCACAGCAGCAGAAAGGGAAGUUCAUUCUGCUGCUGGCAAAGUCUGGAAGAAAAGGCCCAGGAUGUCCUUUCUGAAAGUCCUGCUGUGUGUCCUGGUCCUGGCCAGCCCCUUGCUGGGUGAAACUUCACAACCCAACUGCAAUGGAGUUGUGGACUUUGAGGCCUGUCUGGGUAAUACAGAUCAAUUCUGUCCUGAAAAUAUUCCUUGUCUGUGUAAAGAUGGAGAACCUUUUUGCAGAUGUGAUUACUACAGAAUGGGCUGGAAGGAGUACUGGUACAUGGGCCCCAAAUGUAACCACCUUUGGAACACUCUGGAUUUCAUUUUAGUGGCUACUCUUCCUGGAGUGGCACUGGUUAUCAUAGUGGUUGUAAUAUUUUCUGCUGUCUACUGCUUGAAAAUGAAAAAACCUGGGAAGCAGCCAAAGCCUCCAGGAAUUCCCAUUGUUCCCCCCAGGCAGGAGCCAAGGCCUCCAUACAGUGGAGCACAGCAGAACCCUGCAUUCAGCACUGAAUUCAGCCCAGGGCACGGGCACCGUCAGCCAGCUGAGGAUGCCUGGGUUGGACAAAUUCCAAAGGCUGUACUGAAAAGAGAAGAUUUUAAUGAUGCCUCAAUCCCAAAUGAAAGGCAGGAUUACAGUGCCAUGUAUGCUCAGCCUCCAAGGACAGCAGAUCCAGCAUCAGAUUAUUUCCCUCAAUCCCAAGCCCAGCGGGAUGAGUUUGACUGUCCCAGGAAGAAUUUGCCUUAUCCAGUUUAUCCAGAGGCGAGACAGUACCGGAGAUACUAAGAACAAGUGCAUGCUGUGUCAGAAAUGUCUUGGAAUGCUGCGUGAUCACUGGACAAUGCAGGUGCUGAGAGAGCAGUGAGACCCUGGUGGGACACAGAGGAACCUGCCAUCCUCAUUAGAGAGCACCAAGUUAUUGCAAAGAGAAGGCAUCGAGGAUAAUUGUGAAAGAAAACCUGGUGAAUCCCUGAUACUGCAGCACACAAGGCUCUGGCCCUGGCAGUGUGGUACAAACACAGCCAAGGACUUGGCCUCUCUCUAUCCCAAGAUUUAGCAAAUACCUACAGACCCAGUCCCUUCUCUCUUGUAUUUUGCUUUGUCCUCCUUCUGUGUUGAUCCCAAUUGCCCCGGCUUGCUUUGUAACUUUUUUGUAAUUGAGGAAAAUGAAACUGUGGAAGAUUGACUACCUUGCCACUAAGUAACAAAUAAAAGAGACUGAAGACUGGGAUUUAUUUCCCAUUUUCCAAAAA